UCCGCUGAGCCACGUCAUCAGUAAUCACAAACAAGCAUGGCGCCGCGCUGCAGCUGCAUAGCUCCUCUAGCUGUUAUUGGGGUGGUUUCUGCGGCUUUAAUCUCGUGUUAUGUCUCCGGUUCGGGUGUAACGUGGCCGGUCGUGUCUCUGGCUGUAGUGACCGGUCUGGUGUGUCUGUGGUUGCGGCGGCGGGACUCUGGGACUGACCGGCGGGUGUGUGUGCUGGUGUUGGGGGACCUGGGUCGCAGUCCUCGGAUGCAGUAUCACUCCUUGUCCCUCAGCAAACACGGGUAUAAUGUUAGCUUUGUCGGGUUUUUAGAUACCAAACCUCAUCGAGACGUGUUGAGAGAGGAGAAAAUAAAGAUGGUGCCCAUAACAGAAGUGAAAGGUGUUCGAGUGGGACCAAAGAUCCUCACAUAUGUGACGAAGGUGAUCCUUCAGUGUCUGCAGCUCCUUCAUGUGCUGCUGAAGAUGGAGACUCAGUCUUAUAUACUGAUGCAGAAUCCCCCGGGCCUGCCCACCAUCGCGGUGGCUUGGUUCGUGUGCGUCCUGCGUGGCAGCAGAUUAAUCAUCGACUGGCACAACUACGGCUACACCAUCAUGGCCCUGAGCCUCGGCGAGACACACCCGGUGGUCCGACUGGCAAAGUGGUAUGAACACUUCUUCGGCCCUCUGGCCACUCACAACCUGUGUGUUACCAACGCAAUGAAGGACGACUUGCAGAAAAACUGGGGCAUCAAGGCGACGACUCUGUACGACCGACCUCCCUCCAUCUUUGGAGAGACUCCACUGAAGCAGCAGCACGACCUCUUCAUGAGACUGGCCAACACGUAUCCUCAGUUCCAGAGCAAAGGGUCUGAGGAGGUGAAAGUGGAGGUGCAGAGGACAGUUUUCUCAGUUUGUGACCUCACUGAUGACACGGUGACCUUGAGGACGGAGCGACCGGCACUGCUGCUCAGCAGCACCAGCUGGACAGAGGACGAAGACUUCUCCGUUUUGCUGACGGCUCUUGAAGAGUACGAAGGUUUCAUCACAGGAGGAGCUUCCUUACCGUCUUUAGUCUGUGUGAUCACAGGUAAAGGUCCUCAGAAGGAACACUACAAGAAGCUGAUUGACUCUCUGCAUUUAGAGCAUGUGAAGAUCUGCACCCCCUGGCUGGAGGCAGAAGACUAUCCCGUCUUAUUGGGUUCAGCAGACCUGGGUGUUUGUCUCCACAAGUCGUCCAGCGGUCUGGAUCUCCCCAUGAAGGUGGUGGACAUGUUCGGCUGCUGCCUGCCCGUCUGUGCCAUCCACUUCAACUGUUUACACGAGCUGGUGAAGCACGAGGAGAACGGACUGAUCUUCAGAGACUCUCAGGAGCUCGCUGAGCAGCUCAAGUCUCUCCUGUCAGAGUUUCCCAGUUCGGAGGGCAGACUGGGAGCGUUCAGGAGGAACCUCCGCACCAGCAGAGGGCAGCGCUGGGAUGACAACUGGGACCAGAACGUCCUGCCUCUGAUCGCUGCUUCCUGAUGGGACACCAGAGAGUGACUUUAAAAUGACCAAUACCAAUAUUUGACCCUGUGUUUCCCUUUAACUUCAUUCUUGGAGGUGAAGUGUUGUGCUGUGUAGACAAACCAACAGGAAAUGUGUCAACAGGGGGAUGAAAGGCAGAGAAGUGUUCGAUUAUUUGGGAUGAAAGACAUCUUUAGUUUUAUUUUUUUCCUACUUCAGAUUACUUGAAUGUAUAAAAAGGACACUUUGAUACGUUGUACAUUUGUAAAUAAAAAUUUUAUUGUGCUA